AUGAAAGGAUAUUUUAAUAUAUAUUUUUUAAUUCCUUUAAUUUUUUUAUAUAAUGUAAUAGGAAUAAAUGAAUCAAUUAGAGGUAGAACAUUUUACAAUAGACAAGAUGAAUCAUCAGAUAUUUCAAGGGUGAAAUCACCCGAAUUAAAUAAUAAUCAUAAAACUAAUAUAUAUGAUUCAGAUUACAAAGAUGUAAAGAAUAAAUUAAUAAACAGUUUUGUAGAAAAUAGAAGUGUGAAAAAAAAAAGGUCUUUAGGUUUUAUAAAUAAUAAAACAAGAUCAUAUGAUAUAAUUCCACCUUCAUAUUCAUAUAGGAAUGAUGAAUUUAAUUCACUUUCCAAAAUUGAAGAUAAUUCUGGAAAUACAUAUAGUAAUAAUUUCGGAAAUACUUCUGAAAUAUCUAUUGGAAAGGAUAAUAAACAAUAUACUUUUAUACAGAAACGUACUCAUUUGUUUGCUUGUGGAAUAAAAAGAAAAUCAAUAAAAUGGGUAUGUCGAGAAAAUAGUGAGAAAAUUACUGUAUGUGUUCCUGAUAGAAAAAUACAACUAUGUAUUGCAAAUUUUUUAAACUCACGUUUAGAAACAAUAGAAAAGUUUAAAGAAAUAUUUUUAAUUUCUGUUAAUACAGAAGCAAAAUUAUUAUAUAACAAAAAUGAAGGAAAAGAUCCCUCAAUAUUUUGUAAUGAAUUAAGAAAUAGUUUUUCAGAUUUUAGAAGUUUAUUUAUAGGUGAUGAUAUGGAUUUUGGUGGUAAUACAGAUAGAGUCAAAGGAUAUAUUAAUAUGAAGUUCUCCCAUUAUUAUAUGGAAGAAAAUGUUGAAAAAUUAAAUAAUAUCAAAAAAGAAUGGUGGGAAAAAAAUAAAGAAAAUUUGUGGAAUCACAUGAUAGUAAAUCAUAAAGAAAACAUAAGUAAUGAAUGUGCCACAAUUCCCGAGGAAGAACCUCAGAUUAAUGGUUGGAUAAAAGAAUGGAAUGAAAACUUCUGGAUGGAAAAGGAGAGAUUGUUUUUAAAUAUAAAAGAUAAGUGUGUUGAAAACAAAAAAUAUGAAGCAUGUUUUGGUGGAUGUAGGCUUCCAUGUUCUUCAUAUACAUCAUUUAUGAAAAAAAGUAAAACAGAAAUGGAGGUUUUAACGAACUUGUAUAAAAAUAAAAAUUCAGGAGAGGAUAAAAAUAAAUUUCUGGAUGAUCUUUUUAAAAAAAAUAAUAAAACUAAUUUAGAUGAUUUUUUCAAAAAUGAAAAGGAAUAUGAUGAUUUAUGUGAUUGCAGAUAUACUGUUACUAUUAUUAAGAGUUUUUUAAAUGGUCCUGCUAAAAAUGAUGUAGAUACUGCAUCAAAAAUUAAUGCUAAUGAUCUUCGAGAGUUUGGAUGUAAUUAUAAAAGUAAUAAUAAAAAGAGUUGGAAUUGUACUGGAACAUUUACGAACGAAUUUCCUGGUGCAUGUGUACCCCCCAGAAGACAAACUUUAUGUCUUGGACGUACAUAUCUUUUACAUGGUGGUCAUGAGGAACAUUAUAAGGAACAUUUACUUGGAGCUUCAAUAUAUGAGGCGCAAUUAUUAAAAUAUAAAUAUAAGGAGAAGGAUGAAAAUGCAUUGUGUAGUAUAAUACAAAAUAGUUAUGGAGAUUUUGCAGAUGUUAUCAAGGGAUCGGAUAUAUUGAAAGAUUAUUAUGGUAAAAAAAUGGAAGAAAGUUUAAAUAAAGUAAACAAAGAUAAAAAAAGUAAUGAAGAAUCUUUGAAGAUUUUUCGUGAAAAAUGGUGGGAUGAAAACAAAGAGAAUGUAUGGAAAGUAAUGUCAGCAGUACUUAAAAACAAGGAAACAUGUAAAGAUUAUGAUAAGUUUCAAAAGACCCCUCAAUUUUUAAGAUGGUUUAAGGAAUGGGGAGACGAUUUUUGUGAGGAAAGAAAAGAGAAAAUGUAUUCAUUUGAGUCAUUUAAGGUAGAAUGUAAGAAAAAAGAGUGUGAUGAAAAUACAUGUCAAAAUAAAUGUAAUGAAUAUAAAAAAUGGAUAGAUUUGAAAAAAAGUGAAUAUGAUAAACAAGUUGAAAAAUACACAAAAGAUAAAAAUAACAAUAUUUAUGAUAAUAUUGAUGAAGUAAAAAAUAAAGAAGCCAAUGUUUACUUAAAAGAAAAAUCCAAAGAAUGUAAAGAUGUAAAUUUCGAUGAUAAAAUUUUUAAUGAGAGUCCAAAUGAAUAUGAAGAUAUGUGUAAAAAAUGUGAUGAAAUAAAAUAUUUAAAUGAAAUUAAAUAUCCUAAAACAAAACACGAUAUAUAUGAUAUAGAUACAUUUUCAAAUACCAUUGGUAGUGGAACGCCAAUAAGUAUUAAUGCAAAUAUAAAUGAACAACAAAAUGGGAAAGAUACCUCAAAAACUGGAAAUACUGAAACACAAGAUUCAACGGUUAGUCCUGAAACAGAAAGUGAUGCGGCAAUUAAUGUAGAAAAGUUAAGUGGUGAUGAAAAUUCAAGUGAAAGAAGAGAAAUAUCAGAUAUUAAAGAACUAAGUGUUACGAGCAAUGUCAAUGAAGCAUCAGAUGCACUUACAUUAGAAACCGAAGAUACGGGGGAAAAUACAUUAGCUAACUUAAGGAAAGAAGAUAAAUCAUUAUUGUCUACUAAAAAUCAAACAGAUUUAGAUGGUAGAAGUAAGUUGGAAGAGCAAACUGCACAUGAACAAAGUAAUGGUAGUGAUACGGGAGUAAAUGUGAUGACUGAAAGCAAUGGUUCUGGAAUUACUGGAAGAAAGAAAGAAAAUGAAAUUGAUGGGGGUCAUAAUGAAGUUCAUUCUGCUUCAAAUACACAAAGUAGUGUUUCAAAUACUUCUGAUAUAAGGAAAGAACAUUCGGAAAGUUCUCUGAAUAGAACAACGCAUACACAAGAUAUUAAAAUAGGCAGUUCAGGAAAUGAACAAAGUGAUAAUCAAAAAAAUAAUUCACAUUCUAGUGAUGAUUCAGAUUCUUUGACAAUCAAACAAGAUCCUUCAGAGGAUAAUACACAAAAUAUCUAUGAUUUACAAGACUCUCACAAAGAUACAUUUAAUACAUUAGUAUCAUCACAAUCAGAUGAUGAAGUUAAUGGAAUUGGGGGUCUUGAUUCUAGUAGAGAUAGUGAAAGUGGUAGGGGUGAUACAAUAUCAAAAACUCAUGAUGUACGUCCUAUGAAUAUAGUAAGAGAGAAACAUGUGAAUAACCAUGAUUUUAUUAGAAGCGGAAUGACAAAUAACAAUGUACAAAAUCAAUAUAUAACGCCAAAUGGGAAUAAUGGAAUCAUAAGAGGACAAGAGGAAAGUGAGGGUGAUGAGGUUAAUUAUGAACAUAAUCGAGCUAGGAGUAAUUUUUCCUCCGAAAAUGAUCAUAAGAAAAAUAUACAGGAAUAUAAUUCUAGAGAUACUAAAAGAGUAAGGGAGGAAAUAAUUAAAUUAUCGAAGCAGAAUAAAUGCGACAAUGAAUAUUCCAUGGAAUAUUGUACCUAUUCUUACGAAAGGAAUAGUUCACCGGGUCCUUGUUCUAGAGAAGAAAGAAAGAAAUUAUGUUGUCAGAUUUCAGAUUACUGUUUAAAAUAUUUUAACUUUUAUUCAAUUGAAUAUUAUAGUUGUAUAAAAUCUGAAAUUAAUAGUCCAGAAUAUAAAUGUUUUAAAAGCGAGGGUCCAUCAAACAUUCCUUAUUUCGCUGCUGGAGGUAUUUUAGUUGUAAUAGUCUUACUUUUGAGUUCAGCAUCUAGAUUGGGGAAAAGUAAUGAAGAAUAUGAUAUAGGAGAAUAUAAUAUAGAAGCCGCUUUUGAAGAAAAUAAUUAUUUAAAUAAACUAUCGCAAAUAUUUAAUCAAGAAGUACAAGAGACAAAUAUUUCAGAUUAUUCCGAGUACAAUUAUAAUGAAAAGAAUAUGUAUUAA